CCGCGGAGGGCGCCCUCGGCGGCGAUGUCGGACGGCGCCGUCCUCGUCGGCGAUUCGGACUCGGAGGGCGGCCGCUCCCCUCCGCCGCCCCCCGCGUUUCCGCGGUGUCCCAGCUGUGCUGCCGUGCGAUGGAUGUGAAGGAGAUCAUCGAUCUCACCCAGGAGGACACAAACUCAGAGCCGUUGCCAUGGAACUACAUCCCCAUCAUUGACCUGACGAAGGAGGACACCUGCAGUCCUCCCCCUGCUGCAGACUGUACUGUCCAGGACCAGGUGUCUGCUUCCCCCAUCGUACACACAUCCCAUCCCCAGCUUUGCUUCAGCACAAAGCAAGAAGUGGAGUCGAGCCCAGAGCUGAUCCCUGUAGCACCCUUACAUGGCUAUCCCACACAGCCCAGUACUGCCACAGGCACAGCAGUAAAAGUGGAGAACAAGAGCAGCUUCUCUCCUGUCUCCAGCCACCGCAGCUCCUUCUGCAGCCUGGAACCAAGCUGCAGCACCACCACAUAUAACACUGACUCGAGCUCCCUGGCCAUCAUGCAGCUGGACCAAGUGCUGUUCUCACCAUCCCCCUUCAUCUUGGACAGCAAUGGCAGCAAACAUGGCAUAGAGGAGACUCCCCCUACUUUUGAGCCAAGGAAGCUCCCCCCAAGACUGAGCCCUGCUCCAGCCAGCAUCACUAAGAGCCCACGAAGGACCAACGGGACUUUUCUGGAAGCAGGUGGCUCACAAGAAGCAAUCCAACAAGUGACCUCAGGCAGGACUAAAGCUGACAGCAUGGUCUGGCUAAACAAACUGCGCUAUUUCAGGAGGAGCGGAGUCCAGCACCUCUUCUUUUAUGGUGCAGCAUCUGACAGGGAAGCACCACAGCAGAAACCCAAGCUCAUCCCCAGCAGUAAGAUGAGCAUGGUACGCACCACCAUGGAGGAGAACUUCUUGGAGGGAACCUUGCAUUUUCUGAGUGACUUCAUCUCCUGCCAGCACUGCCCUCCCAAAGAGAUCGUCUCCCAUCUGCUCAGACAGAUCCUGUUGAAUUCUCAGCAGGAGGAGGUCCUCCAGAACACCUACACAUUGCUGAUGAAGAUCCAAAUGCUCCAUCCAGCCAACACCACCACAGUAGGAUGGGACUGGACGCUGCUGAAAUACACCAUGGAGAGCCAGGAGAAGCUCCCUGGACGACUCCUCUUCCUACAAUAUGUGGUGCAGACCUUGGAGGAUGACUUCCAUCAAAACGUGAGGCUGCUGCAGAAGUCAAUAAGCAAGAAAGUGCUUUCCUGUGAUACAUGCUUCAACAAUGUCAAGGAGGUGGUUGAAUGGUUGGUUGCAGUAGUGACAGGAGCCAGAUUCUUCCAGCUGCAGGAGCAGACACAAGAAGUGACACGCUCAUCAGCAGGAGCUGAACGUCGCUCACCUGCAGCACAGCCAGCCAGCACUGACCAAGCACAGCUGACUCCACCAACAUUCUUCGCCCAGAAGACAAUGCUCCUCCUCCAGCGGAUGCUGUCCUUUGCAGUGGAAGUGGACAGAUCUCCCAACUGCAGCUCCUGCAAGAUCGCAGAUCUAAUAUUCCCAUUUUUACUGAAUAUUCCCACGAGGAGCCAAAGGGAAGCCCUCUUAAACACCAUGGAGAGCAACCUGCUGCGCUGCAAACUGCUAGAGAUGAUGUUCCAGCACAGUUGUGAUGUGCCCACAAGCUUGCCCUUGUCUCUGUCCAAGAUCCUCUACUUUCUAGGCCACUCCUCUGUGCUGCUGCAAUACCAGGAUGAAGUAGCCACGUGGCAAAAAUGGGAUGAGCUGCUGCAGUACUUGAGCUUGCUGCUGCUGAGUUACCAAAAUGUAAUAGCAGGUAAGUAGCCUGAUCUGGUCUUAAUAAACAGAACAGUCCAAGGAAUACUUCUUCAUCUCAUUGCUCUUGAGCUCACAGCCACAGUCUUAGAAAGAUAAUGUGCUUCCAUUCUUGCUGGUAACUAUUCUCUGCAUUCAGAGCAAAGAAAUGAUAAUGCAUCAUGCAGAGCACACAACACAUUUAGCUGCUGAGAAAUAGCCUACAUCCUACAGCAUCAACCCCAGCUCUGCAAAGCUGGCUGCAGAGUACAACUGAGCUGCACACACACUGGUUUAGAACAGGGUAGGGCAAGUAAAAAAUAUUUAAGCAUUCCUAAAAGUCUCUUGCCAACUUCUUCUGCUUUACCAGGGUUAAGGCUCUCAUAGAUAAAUGCACAUUUGGAGCAUUAAGCCCAAUGAAUUCUUCCAGGGUCCACUGGUCCAGUCUGGUACUAACACUGGAAGAGAGGAGCUAUGUAGCCCUGCUCCCUCAAGGUUUCACAGACACUGUGUGCAGACUGAGCAGGAGAAAUCAGUGCAAAGCUGAAGUAUCAAGGAUAGCCAUGAAAGACUUUGCACAGUUCCCUGCUGUUCUUCACCACAGCACAGUGCUGCCUAAGGGAUUCUGCAGUCUGACCCUUAACAGGUCAGACAACCCGUUGUGUUACCUCCCCCAACAUUUCCUCUUGCAGAGCACCUACGGAGCUCACUCAGUGAGCGGGUGGACUUGAUCAUUAAGAAAGCCAAGCCCAAGCUCCAAGAUGAUGAUGACAUCAGCCAGCUGGACAUCCACCUGAAGGUAAAGGACUUUCUUAGACGAAUGCAGCAGAUCCUGGAGGAGCCCUUCCCUGUGCAGCUCAAGGAGAAAGUGAGCAUGCUCAAAAAACUGUUUCUCACUGUCGCUGCUACCUGAUGGAGCCAACCACUGUAGCAGGAAGGAAAGCUGUGAAUUCAGAGUCCUGUCUCAUACUGCAGAUUCCCAUGUCAUCUGUCCUGUUGUAUGUUUGGAAAAAAAAAUAUCUGGUUUCUAAGUCUCAGAAUUUCCUUUCAAACUUGUCUCAUCCUACAGUUU